AUGAAAAUGAUGGUGCAGGAAAUGAGGUUUGAGUCUUCAUCACCAUCAUCGUUCCACAAACAUAAUAAUGUGUUUGUGAAGUGUGCAGUUUCUCUUCUCUUAGUAGGUUUAGCUUUUCGGCUUGUCUUCUUCGAUUCGGCUCGAUUAAUCUCAGUAUUAGAGCCACUGCCAGCUCCACUUGAAACAGAGCAAGAAACAGAGUCCGAUGUUUCUUCUUUCCUUAUUGAUUUUCCCGCAACUAAUGUUACCCAAAAUCCUGAGAACACUAAAUGUGACAUUUUCACUGGAGAAUGGGUACCAGACCCGUCAGGACCGAGAUAUACCAAUAAGAGUUGCCCUGUGAUAGAGUCUCAUCAGAAUUGUAUGAAGAAUGGUCGCCCUGAUUCGGCAUACUUUUACUGGAGGUGGAGUCCUAGAGACUGUGAGCUACCCAAGUUCAAUGCAGGUAGAGUUCUUGCUCUAAUGAGGAACAAGCCAUGGGCAUUUAUCGGCGAUUCAAUUUCUCGGAACCAUGUCCAGUCAUUGUUGUGCCUUCUCUCUCAGGUGGAACAAGCUGUUGAAGUAUACCAUGACAAAGAAUACAGGUCUAAGAGAUGGCUCUUCCCUUCUCACAAUUUCACACUUUCGGUCAUCUGGACUCCUUUACUCAUCGAAGCAGCUAUUUUUGAAGACAGGAAUGGGGUUUCCACCUCAGAGAUCCAGCUUUAUAUAGACAAACUGGACAAGACAUGGACCAAUCAAUACAACAGCUUGGAUUACGUGGUCAUUUCUAGAGGGAAAUGGUUCCUGAAAACUGCAAUAUACCAUGAAAACAACACAAUCAGUGGCUGCCAAAACUGCCCCGGAAAGAACUUAACUGAGGUAGGAUUGGAACACGCAUAUCAAUGAAUAAAUACUCUCCGCCUGGUUUUCAACUUCAUCAAGGAUUCUGAUUAUAAAGCAUCUGUAUUCUUCAGGACUACCACGCCCGACCACUUUGAGAAUGGAGAGUGGUCUAGUGGAGGGUAUUGCAAUUGAACAGUGCCAUUCAAGGAAGGUGAGAUUGAUAUGAAAGAUGUAGACACUGCAAUGCAUAACAUUGAGUUGGAAGAAUUUGAGAAGGCUUCAGAGAAAGGAGCUGAAGCAGGAUUGAAUUUAAAGAUAUUGGACACAGCACACCUUUCUUUCUUGAGACCUGAUGGGCAUCCAGGACCUUACAGGCAAUUCCAGCCAUUUGCAAAGGACCAAAAUGCUAGAGUUCAGAAUGACUGCUUACAUUGGUGCUUGCCUGGGCCAAUAGACUCCUGGAAUGAUUUGAUGAUGGAAUUGUUGAUUAACAGCGAAAAAUAUCAAUGAUGAAACGAUCCUUUGUAAAUCCUCGGUUGUUAUUCAGGUCUUGA